UCGAGCUAUAGUGCUGAGAACGAAAGAAAAGAAGAGUAGAGUGGCGGAUAGAAAGCUAAUAUAAGAGGAGAUAGAGAGAGUAAAGAGGGGAAUCUGGGGCAGAUACACAUUAGUGACAGACAUUAACAUCGGCAGGCUGGAGCAAGAAAACGUGAAAGAGGCUUGAAGAAAAACACAUCAUAAGAAGAGAAGAAGCGAGAGAGCGGAACGCCGUGAAGGAUGACAGAGCACCCUGCCCCGUCCUGAGAUCAACCCUCGUCCUUCCCCCUCUCCUCAUCCCCCCAUUACCCUCCUCCCUCACCCUCUCCUCCCUCUCUCUCUGUGGUUAGACCAGACAUGAUGACCGGUCCUGACUCCUGACCAGAUUCCACUCUCAUUGCAUCCCUCUGGAAUCUCUCCAGCUUCUCUGGAAUUCUUCUCAGCAUUCUGACCGGCACUCUUCCGACCACUGUCAGAUAUUCUCUAGAAGACAGGAAGGAAUAAGAAGGAGGGGGAAGUUUGUGUUUCUCUGGACAACUAAUUAGUAUCUGUCAUCUCCUUGCUGUGAGGACUGACUUCUCUUCAGAGGGAAGAUAAGGACCUACAACAUUCAGAAGACUUCCAGUAACUCUGAGUUACAGAACAACAACACUGAGAAAGAAACAACAUUUUAACACGGAAAGAAGACAGGACAUUUUAACACAGAAAGAAGACAGGACAUUUUAACACGAGGAGGACAUUUCAACAUCAACAGGGCAUUUCAACAAAAGAUCAAGACAUUUUAAAACUUUCUCUCAGUCUCUCUCUGUUUAGUUUUUUGAAACUCACUGUUCAUCCGCUUCUCUUGGACUCUCUGUCCUGUACAUUUCUCUCUGAGUGUCAGUCGGUCCAUCCAGCCCAGCCAUGCAGGUGUCUAUAGCCUGUACUGACCCCCACAUGAAACGUGGAAAUGGAGAUCACAAGAAUGCCACCAGCCCGGGGAAUGCGGCACGGGCCAAGUUCAGAACCGUGGCCAUUAUAGCACGCAGCUUUGGGGCGUUCGCACCCCGACACCACAUCUCCCUCAAAGAGUCCACAGGGAAACUGACCGGAAUGAAAUACAGGAACCUGGGGAAGUCAGGACUUAGAGUGUCGUGCUUGGGACUGGGUACGUGGGUAACGUUUGGCGGUCAGAUCACAGAUGAGGUGGCCGAGCAGCUGAUGACCAUAGCGUAUGAGAGUGGAGUCAACCUGUUUGACACGGCGGAGGUGUACGCUGCUGGAAAAGCUGAAGUCAUAUUGGGUAAUAUCAUCAAAAAGAAGUCCUGGAGACGAUCAAGUCUGGUCAUCACUACCAAGCUGUACUGGGGAGGAAAAGCAGAGACUGAAAGAGGCCUUUCAAGGAAACACAUUAUUGAAGGUCUGAAGGGCUCUCUCCAAAGGUUGCAGCUGGAAUACGUAGAUGUGGUCUUCGCAAACCGCCCCGACACCAACACGCCCAUGGAGGAGAUUGUGAGAGCCAUGACGUAUGUGAUCAACCAGGGGAUGUCCAUGUACUGGGGGACGUCUCGAUGGACAGCCAUGGAGAUCAUGGAGGCGUACUCUGUUGCCAGACAGUUUAACCUGAUCCCUCCAGUGUGUGAGCAGGCUGAGUACCAUGUCUUCCAGAGGGAGAAGGUGGAGGUCCAGCUGCCAGAGCUCUACCACAAGAUAGGUGUUGGGGCGAUGACGUGGUCUCCGCUGGCCUGUGGCAUCAUCACGGGGAAGUACCAGAACGGCAUCCCAGAAACCUCCAGGGCAUCCAUGAAGUCGUACCAGUGGUUAAAGGAGAAGAUCGUGAGUGAGGACGGGAGGAAACAGCAGGCUAAGCUGAAGGAGCUGGGACACAUCGCUGAGAAGCUGGGCUGUACUCUCCCUCAGCUGGCAGUGGCCUGGUGUUUGAGGAACGAGGGGGUGAGCUCAGUCCUCUUGGGAUCCUCCAGUCCAGAGCAGCUAACAGAGAACCUGGGUGCCAUACAGUUCCUUCCAAAAAUGACGUCUCAUGUGGUGUCGGACAUCGAUCACAUACUGGAGAACAAGCCGUACAGUAAGAAGGAGUACCGUUCCUAGACACCCAGGAGGAAGCAGAACCACUACUGGACAACCACUGUGGAUCCAGUUCCACCAACCUCCACGGGGUUCAGCUCAGUCUAAUCCAGCCCAGUUCAGGCCUGCUCAGCUCAGCCCAGCCCAAGCCUUCUUAGCCCAGUGUAACCAAGCUCAGUUCAGCCUAACCCAGUAUCAGUAGGUUUUCUGACUGCAUGCUUCCCCUCUCUGGUGUGCCUGGGCGUUCUCUUCAAAAGCUCAUUUUACAAAACAACACAGAAAGGGGUUAAUACUUAGAAUAUACCGUAAGCUUCUUUCACAGUGCAUUUUGAAAACAAACUCCUCUCUCCAACCAGUCUACUGUAUUUGACCACUGUUUGACCUUGUGAAGCAGAGCACACUGGGACAUUGAGUUUCAGUGACAGGCAUUUGUUCUGUCUGUGAGGGGAAGAAUGUGCAUGUUGUCGUCCCCCUCUGGUCAUACGAGGAACUGCUAUCUAAUAUCUUCAAUAGAUUCUUAGAGAGAGCGCUGGAGAAUCUCAAUUGCAUUUCCUUGGGAGAAUCUCAAUUUGCAUAUUCCUCAUGUCCUCUCUCCUCA